AUGGAUACAAUCAAAAAUUUAAACCUAAAUGAAGAAAUCCCUAGUCUGGAAGCCGUAACGUCUGAACAUAUUGAAGCUAUUACCAAAACCCUUGAGGAAAAAUACUUGACAUUCUGGAAACAUAAACUUGAAAAUUCAUCCAAAUUAACUUUCUAUUCAACAUUCAAAACGGACCACAACCUCGAAAAAUACUUAAUACUUAUAAAAGACCCAUACAAGAGAAAAUGUCUUUCACGUUUUAGAGUUAGCAGCCAUAACCUCCAAAUUGAGAUCGGGCGAUACCAAAAUACACCCCGAGAAGAACGCUUAUGUGAAAUCUGUAAUUCAGGAGAGGUGGAAAACGAAACCCAUUUCCUACUCUUUUGCAAAGCCUAUGAGCAUUCUCGUGAAGACCUCCGAAGUUCUUUAGAGAAUGUCUCAUCUAACGAGAUUAAACUGAACUCUCAAACUCUAUCAGCUGACUUAAUGAAGUCAACUGAUAGUGAAAUCAUAACUAAACUGUCAAAAUUUGUUUAUUCAUGUUUUGAACAAAGGCUUAAAUACCUUGAAAACAGGAGUCCUAGUUAG